GCUGAGGAAUGUGGAGGCAAAGGCAAAGGGGUGAUGAUGGAGAAAGCAGAGCAAGAACUGGAGAGGAGAAGCAAGUUCUUGAACAGCUUGAUUCUGAGGAAGAAGGCCGUGGAUCAGAAUCAGCAUGAUCAGCGCUUCAAAAAUGUCCGGGUCAGGGCUUCCGACAUGCCGCCGCCUCUUCAGAGCAGGGCGUUUAGGUGCGCCAAGGAAAAUCUAGACGCCAUGCCUUCUGGGAAGCUUGACAGCAAACGCCUCGCUCUUGCCCUCAAGAAGGAAUUUGACUCGACUUUUGGUCCAGCUUGGCAUUGCAUCGUGGGAACGAGCUUCGGUUCGUACGUCACACACUCCCACGGGGGAUUUUUGUACUUUUCGAUCGACAAGGUCUACAUUCUUCUAUUCAAGACUGCUGUAGAACCCUUAAAUCAUUGACAGAAGUACUAAUUCCGAGCCUACACCCCUUGUAAUUUUUGAGAACUUGUGUUGGGUGUGUUUUGAAUUGUAAAUCAUCCAAAGGUGAAAGAACAGUGAUUUCUGGGAAUGCAUACAUUUUAUCAACUUGAGAGUUCCUAGAUAGAUAGAUAGCUUGCUGUAUUAAACCACCAUUGUUCUUGGAACAUAUUUUGCCCCAUGGUUUCAGCAGUCCUAUGAAUUUGUGAAAUUUAUUACCACCUUUGGAGAUUUAGUUUGUGAGGACAACUGUGAAAUCCUAAUGCUUGUUCUUUCUGUGUGGACA